CAUCUUUUGGGAGUUCGAGCCCAGUUGGCUCUUUAUCGUCUGAGGAUCAUGACUUUGACCCAUCUGCUGAAAUGCUGGUACAUGAUUAUGAUGAUGAGCGAACUCUUGAAGAAGAGGAAAUGAUGGAAGAAAGCAAAAAUUUCAGCUCUGAAAUUGAAGAUUUAGAAAAGGAAGGAAACAUGCCAUUGGAGGAUUUACUGGCAUUCUAUGGGUAUGAACCCACGAUUCCAGUUAUGGCAGGCUCCAGUGCUGAUAGCUCCCCAAGUGAACUUGCAGAUGAACUUCCAGAUAUGACUUUAGAUAAAGAAGAAAUUGCUAAAGACCUCUUGUCGGGUGAUGAUGAAGAAACACAGUCCUCUGCUGAUGACUUGACACCAUCAGUCACUUCACAUGAGGCUACUGACUUCUUUCCUCGGCCAUUAAGAUCAAACACUACGUGUGAUGGCGAUAAGGAAUCAGAUGGUGAAGAAGUAGAGGCAGACAAUGGUAAUUCAUCUGAAGAUUUGAGAAAGGAAAUAAUGGUUGGUUCACAGUACCAGGCUGAAAUUCCACCUUACCUUGGUAGAUAUAUUGAUGAUGAAAAGGCCUAUGAAAAUGAAGACCAUUUACUUUGGAAACCUGAUGUGAUCUCGGAAAGUAAAGUUAAAGAAUACCUUUUUGAAACCUCCUUAAGAACAGGAAAUGAAAAAAUGAUUGGCAGAAUUCCUGAAGGACUACAUACAAGGGACAAUGAACAAGCACUGUAUGAACUUCUCAAGAGUAGCCAUAAUGUUAAAGAAGCAAUUGAGAGAUACUGCUCAAACGGAAAGGCAUCUCAGGAAGAGAUGACAGCAUGGACAGAAGAAGAAUGCAGAAGCUUUGAACAUGCACUUCUGAUUUAUGGAAAAGACUUUCAUCUCAUACAGAAAAACAAGGUAAGAACCAGAACAGUUGCUGAGUGUGUUGCUUUCUAUUACAUGUGGAAAAAGUCAGAACGUUACGAUUACUUUGCUCAGCAAACGAGAUUUGGAAAGAAGAGAUAUAACCAUCAUCCAGGAGUUACGGACUACAUGGAUCGUUUGGUAGAUGAAGCAGAAGCCCUUGGUGGAGCAGUGCAUUCUUCAGCCUUAACAUCUAAUAGUCGAACAGAAACGAUUCCUGAUCAACAGCUAAGCAUUCUGAACUCUAUCACUGCCAACGAGUUGACAGCACUGACAAACAGCGUAGCUACAGUCUGCCACACUUCAGACGUGAACUGCCUGGAUGAUGCCUUUCCUCCUAUAGACAGCUUACCCCGAGCACCAGUUAAUCAUGUGCCUGUUGGAACAGAAGAAUUGCUUAACUUGCCUAGCAAUGGUGAAAGUGAUUGUUUUAAUUUAUUUGAGACUGGCUUUUAUCAUUCAGAGCUAAAUCCAAUGAACAUGUGCAGUGAGGAGACAGAAAGGCCUGCGAAGAGAUUGAAAAUGGGAAUUGCUGUUCCAGAAUCUUUCAUGAAUGAUGUCUCUGUAAAUAACCUUGGUGUGGACUUUGAGAACCACACACACCAUAUUACCAGUGCCAAAAUGGCUGUUUCAGUGGCUGACUUCAGCAGUCUAUCUGCAAAUGAGACAAAUGGUUUUAUCAAUACCCACACUCUUCACCAACAUGCCGCCCUUCACUCAGAAUGACUGUGGAAAACUACACAAACAGUGGGUAUUUUAUGCAGUAGUAGUAAACUUGAUGGGAGCUAUCAGGUUUGCUUAGUCUUUCACUGGAAGUUUGAACUUUAUGACAUCAGUGAUGUCUUUGUAUGUAUAGAACUAUAUCUUGAUUUAUCAAGAGUAGUACCUUUUUUCAGUCCAUAAAUGUGGAGAUGUCAUAGGAUUUUCGGCAGAGUUUGGGACUAAGAGAACUCUGUGGUGCAGCUUUAAGCUCUGCUUCAGUU